AGCGUCCAGGAGCCUCAUUGGCCAGCAUUCCGCCCGCCAUCUCUAUUAGCCUCCUGGAGUUGUUGUGGGCACUGAUUGGUCGAGUCAUAACGACAGCAAGAGAGUAUAUGAGUGUCUAUUGGUCCUCAGGCUUCAAAAUAGGCGGGGAAAAGUAGAGUGACAGGGCUCAAAGCCAGGGGCGCGGAGUACGCAGGCGCGUAGUUGGGGACGCUAGGCCCAGGCUCUUCCUAGGGAACUGACUGUUGUCGCCCCGCCCCCUCUGGGCUUUUUGUCCCGUUAACUGUCGCGGUGGCGGGGGGUGCCAGCACCAGGAGACAUGCCGGUGCGCUUCAAGGGGCUGAGUGAAUACCAGAGAAACUUUCUGUGGAAAAAGUCUUAUUUGUCAGAGUCCUGCAAUUCCUCAGUGGAGAGAAAGUACCCGUGGGCUGGACUUAGAUCAGAUCAAUUAGGGAUCACAAAAGAGCCAGGUUUUAUUUCAAAACGAAGAGUCCCUUACCACGACCCACAGAUUUCAAAAUCUCUCAAGUGGAAUGGAGCUCUCUCAGAGAAUGAUGUGGUUGUAUCACCAGAACCUGAAGUCCCAGAAACACCAAAAUCAGAGGCAGAGCAAGAAGACGUUAACCAAGAAAAAGUUCUUUCACUAGAGGCCUCCACGUUUCCUAAGAGAGGCAGAUCUCAUUCUGCAGACUCCAGAGCUGAAGGCACUCCAGAUGCUGUGGAAAAGCAUGAGGAUGUAGCAACAAACCACAUACUGGUUAAUGAAAAUGUGGACCAGGAACAUUCUACCAACCUGCUUCCAGAACAUGUAGAUAAUGGGUUGUUGGACAGAUUUCUGCGUAAGAAAGCUGGAUUGACUGUUGUUCCUUCACAUAGUCCCUUGAGAAAUUCUGAGUAUCAAAGGCAGUUCGUCUGGAAGACUUCUAAAGAAACAGCGCCAGUGCUUGGAGCCAGUCAGGUUUUCCACAAUAAAAGCAAAUUUAUUCCACAAUUCAAAGGUAACUCAGUCAUCCACGAAACCGAGUACAAAAGAAAUUUCAAGGGUUUAUCUCCAGUGAAGGAACCAAAAUUGAGAAAGGAUUUGAAAGACAACGGGAAUCUUGAAACGCUAUCUCCUGAAAAGUGUAAUAAAAUGGAUGACCCUUUAAAAUUAGAAGCAGAGAUGGCACCAAAAGAUUCAAACGAGCCUAAAAAGAAGCUCACUCCUUGGAGACAUCAAAAGCUUGGGAACGUGAAUUCUGAAUAUAAAGCAAAAUUUCUGAGCCCUGCUCAGUAUUUGUAUAAAGGUGGAUCUUGGACACGUGUGAAGGAAAACAUGCCAAAUCAGGGUUCUCUAAAUGCCAUGUGGUAUGCAGAGGUUAAAGAACUCAGAGAAAAAGCUGAGUUUUACAGGAAACGGGUUCAGGGAACACAUUUUUCUCGGGACCAUCUGAAUCAGAUUUUGUCUGAUAAGAACUACUGUUGGGAUGUCUCUUCAACUACUAGCUCAGAAGGAAGCAUUAGCAGCAACAUCAAAGCAUUAGAUCUUGCUAGGGAUCCCACAAGCCAUAAGACUUUGCAGAAAUGCCUUCCUACAAAACCAGAAGAAAAAAGAGAGAUUUUGGAAGAACAGCCCCAGAAAAGCACCAUGGAGAAACUGGAUGUGUCAGAGCCUCCCACCCUCCCUGUUAGGAGGCAGCUGGCUUGGGGUGCAGAGAACACCGAUGAAGACACGCGGAAGCAGCCCAGAGAGGAGAAAGAAGAGGAGGAGGAAAGAGGAAGUGACAAACCAGUUCAUGUGGAAGAGCUAGAGAAACUGGACAUCCACAAGAAAUCUCAGGCAGACAACGCAGAAGGGUCAGACUCUUCUGUAUCGUCAGGGAAAGGAGGCAGGCUUCCUACUCCGAAGCUGAGAGAACUUGGUGGAAUCCAAAGGACUCAUCAUGACCUCACUACUCCAGCUAUUGGUGGAGCUGUUUUAGUGUCCCCAUCAAAGAUAAAGCCUCCAAUCUCAGAGCAGAGGAGAAAAAUGUCUUCUCAGGGUGGCAUAGGAACUCCAAAGAAUGAUUUUACUAAGAAAGGAAGCCGUGCUGUAUCCCUACUGACUUCUCCUGCUGCUGGUAUAAAAACAGUUGAUCCUCUGCCUUUACGGGAAGAUUCUGAUGGCAGUAUCCCCAGAUGUGCUGAGACAACUCUUCCAGUUUCAACAGCUCUGGACUAUCCAACAAACAGCCAAGGACAGCUGCCUUCUCUGCCGUGCACUCCAUCCUUCUGGCAUCCUGCUCGUCGGAUUCAGGGAUCUCUGAGGGAUCCAGAAUUUCAACAUAAUGUGGGAAAAGCAAAGAUGAAAAAUUUCCAGUUACCUCAGCAUGAAGCCUUUAACAAUGAAGAUGAGGACAGACUGUCCGAGAUUUCUGCUCGCUCUGCAGCUUCUAGUCUCCGCGCUUUUCAAACUCUGACACGGGCUCAGAAAAGAAAGGAGAAUUUUUGGGGCAAAACAUAAAACUACUUAAAUUUGUUUUUUUUUUAAUUCACUGAACCAUUGACAUAAUUUUUCUUUAUUGAUUACUGUAUUAAGAGUUUUUAAGUGUUUGAAUUUUCUUCUGGUAUUUCCAACUUAAAUUACUUGAGUUUUUUCAAUAGUUCAUUUUACUUGGAAAAUCUCAACCUAGACUUAUACAAAUUCAAUUUUUAAAAAUUCUUUUACGUUUAUCCCAAAAUACAGCAACACAGAUUGUAUAGUUCUUCACAUAUUUUUUUCUUCUGUAUUAGGGGUCAGGUAUAACUGGCAGAGUUGUGAAUUUCUCCCAUUCUGAGAAUAUUUUAAAGAGAAGUGAACUAAAAUUAAACCAGAUUGGUUUUUUUGUAUCUUUAUAGAUGUCAAAAUGAGUUUAUUGUUCCUUUAACUUUCCCAUUAGUGUUUAUUUUUGUACCUUCUGUAUAUGGCUGUAGCACUAUUUAAGAUAAUUGUACUUUGAAAUUCCCAGCUGUAUAUAUUUUUAUUUGUGUAACACAGUUUGGUGAGAGAGUAUAUAUAUAUAUUUUUGAUCUUUGUGUGUAUGCUAUUUGUAUAAUACCUUUGGGUUACAUUUGAAUAAUGUCUGGAUUUUGAAACAUUAUUUGUAUAAUGGAGAACUAAAACUUUGUAGAUGUUUUGAAAUAAACGUUGUUUAAGUGUGUUUGUCUUCUCCAGAAAGUUAUUAUACGGAGCAGUUAUCUUUUAGAAUUAUUCUACUGAGGUCAGAUCAGUCAAAAGUUGUAAUUCUGUUGUAGCUGUGAAAUGCAAUACAGCUAAGGCUACAGGUUUUUUUUAUGUAAAUGGACUAACAGAAUUUUUAAGGCAGGCUCAUUUUUAAAACAUUUGACACAGUUUUUGAUUAUAUCCACUCAUAGAAUAUUCCAUUGUCUUACUCUAUUUUACAAAUCACACUAAAUUUAUUUCUAAAAAUAAGGAAUUUUAUAAAACAUAAGAUUUUUACUAUUAUACAUAAAAGUAUUGAAGAUAAAAGAUACAGAAUAUUAAUACUUCUAAAGUGCUUCUGAUUUCAUCUAAAGUGCUUUUGCAAAUCAUUGGUUCACAGUAAGUUUGUUAAAUCUCAUCUGAGGUUGUAAGGAACUAUAAGCAUACAAAUAUUUGCUUAUAUUCUAUUAAUCUUUUGAAAUAAUACGUUCAUAAAGAACACAUUUUACUGAGACACUAAACAGAAAUAAAAGUUUGUAAUUAUGAAAUAACUAUUUUAGAACAUAAAUUAUCUUCUAGACAAAUGUUUUCUGAGGUAUAUUGGUUGUAAAAUAAAUUUGGAAUUUAAUUGUCCCUGAAUAAGCUUCAAGAUAGUAAUCAUUUUCUUCCUUUUAGGAAGCUGGCUAGUUUAGUUGACUAGGACAGUUUUCAAUGACCAUCUGUGUAUAGUAAAGAAAUUAUAGCAGACUUUCAGGGGCUUGUGUGUUAACUUCCAUCUACGUCCCCUAAAGUACAGACUACUAUCUGGAUGUGCCUAUUAUAGUGAAUCAUACCUGAAGUUGGUCUACCAGGUGUCAGUUAGACGAGGGUACGGUUUUCACGAGGCAAGGUCAUGAUCCCGUUGUCUUUCUUGUCUGAUGAUUUAACUGCAGUAUACCGCUGACUACCUGUCUUAAAAACUGGUGCAGGGAGUGGGGAUGGGGCAAUAGUGUUGAGGACUCAUUACGGUUCAUUCACUUGUACUAGAAGAGUAAUUCAAAGAACAUGAAUUGAAUUGAUGGGUAAGUAGUCUUAGAAACGGAGCUGUCUCAUGAGAUUUGUUAGCAUUGAAGAGCUGUGAUUGUUAAUUCAGUUUUUACCACCUUUACUAAGGGAUACUUUUGAGUUAAUUGGGAUUGUUAAAUGUGUAGCUGAUGAGUUUGGACAGAUGUUGACAUCUGUGAAGCUAAUACCACAAUCAAGUUAUACUUCAGUCACCCCUGAAAGUAUUGAUAUUUCCCUUUGUAAUCAGGCUUUUCACCCUAUUCCUUAAGGCUGCUGUUAACUGGCUGUCUGUAAGAUUACUUUGGAAAAAUGUUAGAAAAUGAAAUCAUCUUUUAGACCUAGAUUUUGCUAAGUAUAUUUUUUGAAAAUCAUUCAUGUUUUGUUGUGUAUGUUCUCAUUUAUUCCCCCAACUGGUGGACCUUUGUGUUAUUUGCAAUUUGAGACUAAAUUAAUAAAACUGCUGUUCCUA